AUGCUCUCUCCGUAUCUGCAAACAGGUUGGCCUUCUCUUGGCAUUGACAUGAGUUCCACCAGGGGACCACAUGAUGAGAUAUGGGAGACCAACUUUGGCCAGGUUGAAGCCUUUGUGCAUACUCCUCAUGGCCACUGCAGGCAGGGUACCACGUUCAGGAGAGACAAAGCUUUGGGUUAUUGGUUGCAUCGCCAGCUGAAUCAUCCCAACUUGUCUACAGAACGGCAAGAUCGUCUUGCUGCCAUCGGUGCUGUCACCUGUGUCAAUGUCAAAGGCAAGUUCUGUCCCUUCUGCGGCAAAAAGGGAAAUGCGACAACUAGAUCCGCCAAGUGCCUCACGCAUGGAGAUUCCAAAGCAGAAGAGUUGUUCGAUAGUUUGACUGGCAAGCUAGUUUCAGAGCUGGCUGCUAGCACUCCGACAGGGCUUUUCCUGUCGCUCUGA